UAUAUAGAGAUUAUAGGGAGAUAUCAGUCAGUUGUCUGUGAUCUCAAAUCCUGCAGGUUUUUCCAUCAUCAAUGGAAGCAAACACCAGGGUGUGCAAGAUCUGUGACCGCAGUUUCGCGAACGGCAAGGCCAUGGGCGGCCACAUGAGAUCCCACCUGGCCAAAUUCCAGCUUCCUCCAGCCCCAAAGCCUCAGCCAGAGCCCUCCCAGUCCCCGGCAACCGUCCAAUCGGCGAACUCCGAGCUGUCGUCCAUCGCUAUUUCUGAUCCGACGGUCCAUGACGACAGGGAGAGUGACACCGAGUCAAGGAAGAUAAUUAUGAACCCUGAUAAGACAACUGGCCUCCAGCUGAAACGGUCCAAGCGUGGCCGUCGAUUGGCCAGUUACAAGCCGAUGCCGGUUGAUGCGCCUGAAUAUGUCAGUUCUGAGUCAACGUCCCAGCUUGCUUUAUCGGAUGAGGAAGUGGCUCGGUGUCUGUUGUUGCUCUCGAUAGGUAAUAGUUCAAGAGGUCCGAUUGCGAAGAAGGAGCCAAAAGAAGCGGUCGAUGAGACGGAGUUGAGUGAGGAGGAAGAGGAGGAAAAGGGCGAGUCUUUCUGUGCGAAAUGGAAGCAGACCCGGGCCACAAGGUCUAAGUUCAAGUGUAAAGUGUGCAAGAAAAUCUUCAGAUCUUACCAGGCCCUAGGCGGGCACCGAGCAAGUCAUGGUCAUGGUACUACGAGUGCGAAAGACACUCGCCGGAUCAAUCAUCAGCGGGACAGCAACAAUAAAAAGGCCGAUCAACGUGAUCCGGAUCGGGAGAGCAACAACAGGAAGAUCUUCAAGUGCCCGUUUUGUGAUAAGGUAUUCGAGUCCGGCCAGGGGCUGGGAGGGCACAAGAAGGUCCAUGCCUUCGAUGCUGCUAAAAAGAAGAUCAAGAUCAGCAACAGUGACUGUGAUGAUACGACUGCUCAAAAGUUGUGUAGAAGAGAGAGGCUCUUCUUCGAUCUCAACCUGCCAGCAGCAACCGAAGAUGAAGUAAUUAGCCAGCCCCAGUUGGCAAAGUCUUCGUCCGGUUAAUUUAUAAUUCGAGCGUCAAUUAAUUUUCAUCAUGCAGGUGUCAUAUUAUUUUCACAUGUUCUGGCACAGACGAUUAUGUAGAUAGAAACACAGGCUACACAGCUACCUAGCUAGCUUGCUGAUCCUGUCUGCAUGUAUACACCUCUAGCUCCUUUGGGUUGGAUAUUUUCUGUUGUUAGGUGUUUAGUGAAAAUGGAUUUCGUGUGUUGUGGAUAGAUCGAUGUUCGGUUUUUAUAUCUUCC